AAGAUUACAGGGACGAAAAAGAACAGGAGUAGGUCGUGCUGGGGCGAUCUAAGACUUAGAGACGAACUGACUACAACAAAAAUCAUCACUGUUUUUGCACAGUUUCCAGGAACAAGAUUUGUACUAGACUACUAGACAGCACGUUAUCAACAUCGCUUUAGAAUAUUUACAGACUACAGCACGACAGAGAACUAGAAGACGACGAAAAAACACGGAAGAUGUUGCGUUCACUCCUCUCCUCGUGUAGUGUUUUUCUCUGGUCACACCCGGGGCACCAAUCCGUCCUCGCCAGCGUGUCGCCCCGCCUUCGCCGCGGCUUGAGCCGCGAAGUCGGGAGAGAACGGAGUCGGAGUCCUGCCGACGUCCUCGAGACCUCCCGCACUUCUUCCUCGACUGCUGACGCUGCUGGGUCCGCCGGUCCCGCGCUCGUCAUUUGGACCAUCGGAGGCGCUGCGUUCGGGGACCGGAUUCCCUAUGCACACUGGAAAGACAGGACUGUUGCGGACCUCAUCAACAAAGUAGAAAGGGGAGAGUGGGAGCCUUCCUCUGGUGCGGCUUACCAGCAGGACGAGUUUUUUGGUAGCAGUUUUGGAAGCAGUAGGACGCAGCUCGUCACGGCUGGUUUGCCCGCGGUGCAACUUGAUGCCGGCACCAACGGCCAGCAGAAAUUGGCAGACCAACUGCGCGCGCAUCUAAUGCCAGCACCGCUCGUUUCCGUUUAUUCGUCUCCUACUUCAACUUCGCCUGCGGCCCAACAAGACACCAGGGACAUACACCUGACGCUUAUCACUGCGACUCGGCAGAAGCCGUAUUUUGCCAUGCUUCUCAGAAAAGCCUUCAGCAUCGCCGAGGAGGUGCAGAUGCAGCCGAAUCGGCAGUCGCUUAUUGACACGCUGGAGACUGAUAUGAAAGGGCAUAUGAUGAACUUUUGGCGCCCGCCACACGUAGAAGAACUGCAAGGAGGUCGAGGCCAACAAGUGCCCGACGAGAAGAGGGCGCCCAGUGUGAAGGAGCAAUUCUUGGCCUUCAUCACGAGCGUCACAGGCGGAUCGAGGUCGCCCGAAUUGACCGCCUUCCUUGACCGGCAUGGAAACGAACUCGCGUGGCUUCUGGCUCAGAUGGACACAGCGCUGCGGACGAUGCGUAUGCCGGCACGGCCUGGCGAUGUCCUAGUGGAAGAUGAGUAUGCUUUCAAGAGGAGUAUGGCUCAAGCGAGCGUAAUGACCCCGGUGAGCCUCGCCCCUUUAGGAACAUACGAAGUCGGUCAAAAGUAGAACAAAAGCAAUGACGUCGUCCCCCUCACUGACAGCGCCGCCGCAGCACGGGCCAACGCAUAGCCCCGACGUGGAGUUAGAUAGAAGGCUCCGGAUAGAGUAGUAAAUAGAAAGCAACAGUAAGACUAGCGGCUGGAGACACAAGCUCGGUGAUACGCGAGGCGUGCCCGCCAACUCCGGACCCGCAGGGAUACGCCCCUCCCCGCGGGAUAUCGUGGAAAAGAGGCAUAGAUCCCAAACAGCAGACUAGCCGCGGUGUGCCAUGAGGGCCGGCGCGGAUGGGGACCGGAAGGGGGGAGUCGUGCACCAGGCACCGAAAAGGCAUGCUUGCCCGCCGCAACAGGAGUCGGCAUGAUGUCAUGCGUGAGCGGAGGCGCCAACUGCGCUAGGCAGUGGAAGGGCGGAUAGAUACAAAUACUCACUUAGAUUGCACAGGUAGAACUUUGAAAAAGAGACUUCUCAGGCUUGAGAAAUUGCAUAGUGCAUUGAUCCCCUCCGAUGGCCACGGCCUGGCGAUGUCCUAGUGGAAGAUGAGUAUGCUUUCAAGAGGAGUAUGGAAGACGCGCGCCUGACGUAUGCGUAUCGCGACAAACGUCCUUGUCGGCCUGGUGCUCGUCAUCUUCAAUAUGUAUCCUUGUACCACACCACAAUGUUGGAUGGUGAACCAAUCAGAAUCUGGAUCCACCUGGUUCGGAAAGGAGCCUCCGAAGCUGUACAGGUAGACGCCGAGACCGAGGACAGCCUACCGGUAGCUGUACCGGAGAGUAUUGCCGCAAUUCAGCCUGGUACCGGAGCGCAUCUCUUUACUCAGCUUUUCGAAUCGGAGGUGAAUUUGGGCGAAGAUGCUCUAGGAGUGCCACUGAUUAUGAGGAUUGUCGGCCAAAUCCACGGCGCAACUUUCGCAAAUCUCCCUUCUCUGAGCUUCGCUAUUGAUUUUUUCACCCGUCCACCUCCUGCUCCGAGGGCGGAAUGAGGAGCAAGAGUUCCUCGGCCCUCGCUGGAGUCUAUCCAGCUUGACAUAGGGAAAUCGAGCCGAGGAUGCAGAUAAUUAGCCGACGAGUAAGGGAUGAGUAAACCCCUUAAAAAAGGCUCUUUUACAGAGCGAGUCCCCGACGGACAAGCGGUUACUCUGUUGCGAAGGAUUCGAAAGCGACUCACAGAUAGAGACAAGUACUCAAGAGAACCAUGAGCCAUGCGGUGUGAAUCGCCCAUGAAAUGAAAUGCACAUAAAUUUUGUCGACGUUUUAUAUCAAAUCUAAAAAAUGUAUGAUGAUCAGAGGAACAGUAUUAAUCCGAAAAAAAAAACGCAAUAUUAAUAAAGUACUUGAACUCAGAAAACUACUAGAAGGCACUAGGUAGCACGUCGUGUAUGAUUUAACUCGAACCGCAUAUCGGGGGGAUAAGCUAGAAGCAAGCGCUCUACUUCACGCAAGCACUUUAUGUUUAUUUCUUAUCGAAAUAUACAGUUGUGACCUACUCAAACCUCAAUUCUGAUUUUACUAUAAAUAUACGGCGACGGACUGGAGUAUGGAAGCAUGGUACCAAGGGCGACUAUGGUUCUCUGAAGACGGUGGCUUCAGUAUGUACAGAAGAAGUCCAAUGAUGAAAGGAACUGAGCUCGGUUAUUUGUAUUUCGAAAAUUUUGCUCCACUACGACUACUAUUGAAAAUCGUUUACACAAAGUUUGUGUUACAAACCACUAUCAGAAUAAUAUUGUACUGAUGUAGUCGUGCAAAAUUUGAAAUAUUAGAUCGUGCUGGAGAUAGUGGCGCAAAGCGAGAUGCUUUUGUUUUGGGAUUACUUCCUAUGGGAAAAGACAUGAUAAAGAAAUCAACUUGCGGCACUUUGUUGCAGUAAGGCGCUCAACGCAUACAGAUUUUGCGCGUUUUGGAUUUGUAGUAAUGCAACAGGACCCAUGAUCUUGUAGCAUCGAUGUGGUAAGACCUUGCGCUUACAGAUACUUUUCACGGUAAGCAAGAAGAGUAUAAUUUUGUUAUAUUUUUCGACCCGUAAGUUUACUUACUAAGUAAACAGCUCUCGAAAGUAUAAUUGCAAGAAUCUGGACCAAAAAUCGCACGGCAAACUGGAAACUGUUAGACAGAUUUGAAGAAGAAGGAAAAAACGUGAUUUGGAAAAAG